UUGCAGGUUACGAGCUCGUCAGCGCUGUAAAGGGUCUCAGUUGCCCUUCGCUCAAUCCCGUAGAACGGAAGUGGGGGUCUUGGACUUUGGUUCCGAUCGCGGGGACCGGGAUGGCUUCAGUGCGGAUCCGAGAGGCCGAGGAGGGAGACUGUGGAGACAUUUUGAGGAUGAUUCGGGAACUGGCUGAGUACGAGAACCUCUCGCAUCAGGUGAAGAUCAGUGAAGAAGACCUGAGAGCAGACGGUUUUAGAGAGAAUCCUUUCUUUCACUGUAUGGUGGUAGAGAUUCUUCCAGCUAACGGUGAGCCACAAGGGCCUCGUGUGGUGGGCUAUGGGCUGUACUUCUUCACGUACAGCACGUGGAAGGGACGCAGUGUGUAUCUGGAAGACAUCUACGUGAUUCCAGAAUAUCGGGGUCAGGGGAUUGGUUCCAAAAUAAUCAAAAAGGUGGCUAAGGUGGCCCUGGAUAAUGGCUGUGCCCAGUUUCGCCUGUCAGUACUGGACACAAACAAGAGGGCCAUGGAACUAUACGAGGCUCUAGGAGCCCGAAAUCUGACUGAAGUGGAAGGCUGGCUCUCCUUCUGCUUUGAAAGAGAGGCUAUGAGGGCGUUGGCAGGAAAUUGAUGCCAUCGCUUGGGAAGCUCUCUCUACUUGAGCUUCUCCUUUCCCGCCAGCUCAAGGAGUCCUCAGAUAUUAUCCCCACAGUCAGCGACCUGCCUAGACGGAGGAGGGUUGGGGGUGAAUAUUCCUCAAGCACUCAAAGACCAGAAUUGAGGGAGAGGCUUUUCCACCUUUUUGUUGAGAGUGAAAAAUAAAUGAUAAUUGCUGUG